GAAAGUAGCCGUUCUUGUAGCAGUCUGGCUCUAGCCGCGUAGGGGAGCACAUCCGCGGCCACGAUCGUCGAAUAAUUAGAAUAUUAUUUAAUUUAAUGUUUUUUUGAAUAAAACAGUGACAAAAUUCGUUCGCGUGUAUUCCCGUCACCACUACUAAAAGCGAUGGCAUCGUGCCGUGCAGCGGCUUGCUUGGCUGCAUUGGCAGCGGUCUGCUGCGCUCUCCCCCACACCGUCUACGCGCUGGACCUCAACAAACUCUACGGCCACCAUACCAAAAGAUCUGAAUACUGUCACCCGUACGAGCCGUUCAAGUGUCCUGUCGAUGGUAACUGCAUCUCAAUACAGUACCUCUGCGACGGGGCUCCUGAUUGCAUCGAUGGGUACGAUGAAGACUCCAAACUGUGCACUGCAGCAAAACGACCGCCCGUGGAGGAGACAGCGUCGUUCCUACAAUCGCUGCUGGCGUCUCACGGACCCAAUUACCUGGAGAAACUAUUCGGCAGCAAGGCAAGAGACGCGUUAGAGCCGCUAGGUGGCGUUGAAAAGGUCGCCAUUGCUCUAUCAGAAUCUCAAACCAUCGAAGAUUUUGGAGCGGCGCUUCACCUAAUGAGAUCAGAUCUGGAACACCUCCGCUCCGUGUUUAUGGCGGUUGAGAACGGCGACCUUGGCAUGCUCAAAUCUCUCGGCAUCAAGGACUCAGAGCUCGGUGACGUCAAAUUCUUCCUGGAAAAAUUGGUUAACACCGGUUUUCUUGACUGAAUAGCACCGGAGUCUGCCUCUGAAUACUACCAUGUCGUCCAAUUUGCCCCCCUCAACCCCUCCUUCUACAGCUACCUUCCUUAUGAUUCUGUGAAAUAUCGAAGAAAGUAAAUCGAUUGUUUCCACAAUCUUGUGCGAAUGUUUGUUAUUUGUGUUAAUUCAUAUUGCAAUAAUGGGAGACGACUGUUAGUCAUCAGAACCGACUUCUACAACCGGCCACGUAGACUCGGUCUGAUCCUAACAGUUUUUCCCGCAUAUUACUUUGCAGAAAUAUACAGGCAGAGGAUAUUGAUUUUUAAAACGCCUUAGAAUAGGUAUAUUUUUGUAUAGAUAAAUGCAUUACUCGAAAAACGUUUAAACGUUUUCUGAACAUUUAAUAAACUAAACCAGACGAUAGGUUAUGCUGGGGACUUCUCGCGUCAUCGUCACUCUAUGUGCAUAUGAGCUCAAUAUUUCAAGAGAGUGCAGACUGUAACCAAGCGUCGUAUCUCCUUCAAAUAUGGAUUUUAAAAGCCAUAUAGCGCAUUUGACUGAUGAGCCUGGCCAUAACCUAUUGGAUGUCGUGUAUGUGUGUGAUUGUACAGAAUGUAUGUCGCCCCUUUGGUGAUUACUUACUCCUAAAUUAUCUAAAGUCAGAGGCGACUCCGUAGAAAACAACGUCCAUUCUAAGCGAGAUAUAAAGCUAAAAGUCGGUUGAUUUCGUUUGAGUGAGUCCUUAGAUUAUAAAUUAUUAUGAAUCGUUGAAAGAAUGUAUGCGCUUUAUAUCUGGCUUUUUGAAAAAUCCAGAAUAGGACCAUGGAUACAUAUCAUAAACUUAGAGCGUAGGAUUAAAUACAUAUCAUAGAUUAUAAUCAGUAGUGAAUAAAGUACAAUUAUUUUAAUAUGAUGUGUAUUGUAGUGUUUAUGAAACAUUUUAUAGAUCACUUUUAGUAGAUUUUUUGUCAACAUUGAAAUAAUAUAGAUAGUUGAAGCAUGUUAAACGGUGCUGCACAUCAAACAUAUCAGAAUUAUGUGAUUAAUAAUAAAUGUUAGAUUAUUGUGUGUUAUUUUUAUUAUUAUAGUACCUAGGUACGUAUAAUGUAGUUGCAGAAUUAGGUAGCAAUUUGAUCUUCGUCACAAUAUCUGACUAUUGUCAACUAGUGUUACAUCCACCUUCGUCAUGCUCACUGUAUUGUUUUCAAAUCUUCGAUGUUGUCUAUAGUGAAACUUUUGUCAAAUGCGGGCUAAAAAGACAACGAAUUACAAUGUAACGUGUUAAAAUUAUAUCAAAUGAUAAUACGUGAUGUGAUAUUGGAUAUCAUUCGUGUUUACCUAGGUAGAAUGGUGACUUCUGGAACUCUAAUUACACGACAACAUUUAGUCAUUUUAGAGUCAUCUAAAACGCUAAAGUUGACGUCUAUUUAGAAUCGUAGACGUGACCAUACCAUCCGGGUUAAAAAAAAAACAGCCAUCAGUAGAUUUUGGCGAUACAUCAAUAACGUACAAUUAGCUUCAUAAAAAAGAAAGGAAUUGAAAAAUUUGGAUGUUUUAUUAGCAUUUUUAAAUUUGUCAAAUUAUUAUAAAAACUAAAAUAUCUUUUACUUCUUCAGAUCAAGUCAUUAAUGACAUAACACGUUGGAAUAAUCACGUUGGACCUUUUAUGGGGUAGACAAGAGAUACUCUCUGGUUAUAUUUAACUUUUGUCAUUAUAAAAAAUUAAUAUCCAUACAAUCUCGAAAACAUGUUACUAAGGGAAUACUAUUAAUAAAAUUUUAGAUGGAUUUCUAAAAUUAUUACUAAUUACUUAAUAAUAAUAUAUAAAAUUUAAUGUACCCUCUUUAUGAUUUUUAUAUGACUUCAAAUAAGUUAGUAUAUAUGGGAGGGUUACAGGAUAUCUAUACAGCUCUGAACUGAUUUGGAUUUUUUUUUUUUUAUAUUGGUUUCCUUCGUGUUAGUUCCGUAUUAAUUUUGCCAUAAUUGAAAUUCUGUUUUUAACAAAAUCUUAAAUUAUGAAAUCUUUACAACAAUGAUAUAUGAAGCUGACUGUACUAGUACUGUACUAAUUUUAAAUUAAAGAUCGUUAUAAAUAAGUGGUAUUGAGAUAGAUAAGAGCGAGCUCGUGAUGGGAUGGAUCCUAGAGACAUUGUGACCGAUUGAAGAUUACAGCCUGUAUUUGUCAGAAGUUGUAUGAAACCAAAUGAUGUUCCAUCGCUGAAUCUUCAUAAACGAUAAGGUACACCCGUAGUUUCUCAAUUUGACAAAGCGUCGAUCCUAUUACUAGCGUUUCAUGUUUACUAUUUUAACUACAUAUAUAGAUAGUGUUUAAGCGAGUUUAUAAAUAACUAUAUAGUUUAAAAUUAGAUUAUAUUUUAACUUGCGUCAGAUAUAGCUAACAAUUACUAAAUGUCUACAAAAAUGAUCUUUGAUCUCUAAUAGUCGAUAUUAUGUGUUUUUGACUAAGUAUAAAUGGCUUAUUGUUCUUAAUUAACAAAUCAAUAAAUGAUUCAUCUUGAA